AUGAACGAGCACAUCAAGGUGUUCCUGCGAAUUAAACCUAACGUGGAAAAUCUGUCCAAGUUAAAAAGCGAAGACUGCGCCUUGUACAAAGUUAACAAUAACCAGUUGCACCUGUUUGAAAAAAAAAAAAGUUACAAUGAUACCAGCGAGCUGAAGACCAGGACGUUCAAUUUCAAUUACAUUUUCGACGCAGACGUUAAGCAGAGUGAUGUAUUUGAGUUGAUCGGGAAGAAUCUCAUCAACAACUUCGUCAACGGGUACAACAGCUCCAUCUUGGCAUAUGGAAACACCAACAGCGGGAAGACGUACACCCUCUAUGGGGACAGGACCGACUCGGAGAACAGGCAGCACCACGGGAUGAUUUACCUAUCGCUCAGCUACUUUUUCCAGUUGAAGAAAAGCACUGAAAUCUCCGUGUCCAUAGUGGAGAUCUACCUCGAAAAAAUCAGGGACUUGGGAAAGAUAUUCCAACUGUCGCAGAUGGCCACGACCACCGAUGACACCAUCAAGUAUUACUCACAGUUUCGCGAUAACAUAAUUAGAGAAGACGAAAAGGGGAAUACGUACGUGGAAAACAUCACCCUGCUGCCCAUAAAGAACAUUGACGAUGUCAAGAACAUCAUAAACCUAUGCUUUAAGUACAGGAAAACGCACGGCACCAAAAAAAAUUUGGUGUCCUCCAGAUCUCACUGUCUGCUGACAGUUUACCAGCACCGACUAGCCAAGGAAAAGGAACUCAUUUCGCAGAUAAACUACAUCGAUUUGGCUGGAUCAGAAAAAUUUAACGACAUAGAGAUGGUCAACAAGAAGGAACUCAUAAACAUCAACAACACCUUGUCUGUCCUCAACCGAGUGAUAAUUGCGCUAAGCACUCAGAACAAAAUUGGGAAAAAUCUGGACAAGGCAAAAGCAACGGACGAAUUAAAAGGUGAAGCCUGCUGUGUGGCUAAUGUGCACAUUCCGUAUAGGGACUCCAAGUUGACGAGGCUGCUGAAAAACAGCCUCAACGGGAACUCCUUCACGUACAUCCUCAUCUGCCUUAACCUGAACAGCCACAAAAUUGAAGAUUUUAUAAACAGCUUAAUAUUCGCAAAGAGGUGCAAAAUGAUUAAACAGAAAAUAAAAAAAAACAAAGUAGCCAAAUGUUCAUCCCAGUCAGACAGCGCCAGAAGUAACUCCUCUUCUGACGAAGACUCCUACGAAAGUUUCGAUUCCAGUGGCGAAAAAUAUCAUUUCUUAGCGCAAGAAAAUAAAAAUAAUGACCUUCCCCAUUUGGACGCACUUGCUUACACCAAAAGAAGGAACAAAUGCAGAGCAACGAAUAACAGCAUUGACGCAAUGAUAAACAAACUGCUAGUCCGAUUCACGCACAUCAUUAAGAGGAAACACAACGACCUAGUUAAACAGAAAAAUUCUGUAGCAAACAAUUUAAUUAAAAUGAUAAAGUUUGAGGAAAACAACCAGGAAGAGUUGCUCAGAAAUAAAAAUUAUUUCAAAAAAAUUUUGAAAAAAAAAAAAAAAGAAUUACUCAUAAACAAGGAACAUUUAAAUCGUCUUAUUCAUGCAAAGGGGGUUAAACCGAUCAACCUGAGGGAGUAUUCUCAGGGUGAACUUCCAGGACACAAACAUGCGGCAGCGGAUAUGGCAGACCAGCUCAGUUUAAAUCUUCCCGAUGAAUUACAUUCCACGGACAUUCAGGGCGGGGAAGAACACACUUCGCUCGCUGUCCAAAAGGAGGAGCAAAAUUUUGUGAACCAAGGGGGGAGUGGCACCCCCGUCUGGCAGGGCGACGUGCGGCAAAGUGGUCCAAACGAGAGUAGUCAAAAUGGAGACGUGGCUACAAAGGACGUGGCUACACAGGAUAUGGUUACAAAUGACAUAACUACACUUGAUAUGGCUACACUCGAUAUGGAGACGCGCCCCGUACCCUUUGCCGCUUCCACCGCUCCCACCGCUCCCACUGCUCCCACUGCUCCCCCCACCGAUGACGACCCGACCAAAGGCACAAAUGACAUCAAACGAACCCACGCAGACAUCGAUGAGCUAUUCCAAAUGGAGCUAAAUAAACUGAAUGAAAAAAUAAAAAUGCUAAUCAAAUUAAACUUUCGAAAUAUCUCCCUAUUUACAAACAUUGACACGUUAGCUAAUAUUCUUCAGAAUGUGUACCAAAAAAAAUACAGCGUCGUGCUGAGGAAUGGGAAAAAAACGCUCAACAUUACAAAUUACAAUUAUGAUGAAUUUAAAAAAUUGUGCGAGUUUGCUCCCCCAAAUCAGUCAGAGUUGGGUGACGACGACGCGCGUUUAGAAGGGCUCGAUCGGGAUAUAGUUUCCCUGUAUCGAAGGAUAAACGGAAAAAAAGCGACACACGGGGAGGUAGGCAGCUAG